AUGGCUCUUAGUCUUACUGUUGACGAUUUCCCUUCCAUGUCAAAGGAAAAGGAUGUGUGGAGGGUUAUUGUGAAGGGUGACAAGAUCCAUGGCACAGUGCGAAGGACUCAUGUUUAUAAGUUUAAUCCUUUGUUGGUUGAGGGUCGUGUAUACAUGCUAUCAUAUUUCACUGUUGGUGAUAACGCUCUUGAUUUUCGUACAACGUCUCAUCCUCACAAGAUAAUCUUUGAGCUUGAUUCGGUUGUCCAAACCCAAACUGACGUUUCCAUCACUAAGAUUCCCUAUUCAUUUGUUUAUGUUUCUGAUAUCAUGUUCACUGAUCCAGAUCAAAUACUAUGUGAUAGAGAUCCUCUCCGACCAUGGCGCCGUGCAGGAAUUCGAAAAAAAUCAUCAAGUGCGAAAGAUGAUUACCAUAGAGAUUGA